UUAGACCAGCACAAGAAUGGAUCGAUAAAGCUUUUCAGAAACCUGAGCAUCUGCUUUUCUCCUCCCAGUGGAUUUCGAGCUAGAGUAACACGUAAGCAUACAGACUGACACAUUACUGCUAGGGUGAACAUGGGGACAGAUUUAGCCUACAACUUUGUCUUCAAAGUGGUUUUAAUUGGAGAAUCAGGGGUUGGAAAGAGCAACCUACUGUCCAGAUUUACCAAAAACGAGUUCAAUCAUGACAGCCGUACAACCAUUGGAGUGGAAUUCAGCACUCGCUCCAUUCAAGUGGAUAGUAUUACCAUCAAGGCCCAGAUCUGGGACACUGCAGGUCUAGAGCGCUACAGGGCGAUUACCUCAGCUUAUUACAGGGGAGCCGUGGGUGCGCUGCUGGUUUAUGACAUCACCAAGCACCUGACGUAUGAGAAUGUGGAGCGAUGGCUGAAGGAGCUGUAUGACCACGCUGAUCCUCACAUAGUAGUCAUGCUUGUGGGAAAUAAAGGUGACCUGGGAAAUGUACGCACUGUGCCAACAGAGGAGGCGAAGGACUUUGCAGAGGCCAAAGGCUUACUUUUUAUGGAGACGUCCGCAUUAGAGUCAACUAAUGUCGAAUCUGCCUUCCUUGAAGUUCUAACAGCAAUACACAAGAAAGUUGCUAGUAAAGAGGUCACCAGAGGCUCGAUCAGCGCGGUGACUCUGGGCCCCUCCAGUGAGUUUAAUGAGGAGAGACGGUCCUGCUGUAACAGCUCCUGAACAGAUGAAUGAACAUCCAGACAAAGGCAUCAAGAGAAAACCAAGACAUUUAUCUGUGACAUGGAUCAUGUCAUACCUGCAUGGAGGCAUUUCUUCAUACUUGACCCUCAGUGGAUGUUCAUAUCAGUGAGCAAAAUGGGAGGGACCCGCAUUUUAAGCAUUAUUGUUUUGUGGCUUGUUUUUUUUACUUUUAAUAGAUGUAAACAGUUGAAACUGAUAAUGUAAGAUAAGAUGUGUUUUUGGCAAUUAUGACUAGACAUGAAUUUUAAUUACUUUGAAUGAAACACAAAUGGGUUGUGCUGUAUUAUAAAGCUAUUUAUAUGGUGUGAAAUGAACAAAAUUUCUAUUUCAGUGCAGAUUUCGGGUCUAUAAACUACAGAUAAAAAUAUAAACCACUCAAUCUUUAAACAAAGUAAAUACCAUCUUGGACUGAUCUAUGAUAUAUUUUUAGUUAGACAUUUCUCAUGGAAAGAAUCUUAUGGAUUUUUCUUGUGUGCAAGAAAAAAUUUCCAUUAUAGAAAUUGGAAGAUGCUCUGUACACUGCUGCAGCUUGCAAAAUUCAUUAUAUUUAAUGAAACAGCAAUAUUUUAGUCUUAAAGGGUUAGUUCACCCAAA